AUGACCUCCCACGCCGCCGUCGUAGCCCGUGGGAUGGGCGCUCCCUGCGUGAGCGGCUGCCACGAGAUCGAGGUGGACAACGCGAAGGAGACCCUGACGCUGCUCCGGUCGGGGCGGGUGCUGCACAAAGGAGACACUCUGACCAUUGACGGGGCUACGGGGGAGGUCAUGGAAGGGAAAGUCGCCUUGAUACGCUCCACGUCGGACGCGGAUUUCCAAAAAGUGCUGGACUGGGCGGACGAGCUCCGGCGGUUGCGAGUGAAGGCGAAUGCGGAUACCCCAGACGACGCCCGCAAAGCGCGGGAGUUAGGGGCGGAGGGCAUUGGGCUCUCCCGCACCGAGCACAUGUUCUUUGGGCCCGCCCGGAUCGACGUGGUCCGGGAGAUGAUCCUCGCGAACGACAAGGCCGAGCGCCUCGAGUCCUUGGAAAAACUCUUCGUCUUCCAGAAGGAAGACAUGCGGGAGAUUUUCUCCGUCAUGUCGGGCUUUCCGGUCACCUUCCGCCUCCUCGACCCGCCCUUGCACGAAUUCCUCCCUUCCGACCCCAAGGAUAUCGCGGCACUGGCGGGACGGAUCGGAAAGGACGCGACGCUGGUUGCCAACAAGAUCAAGGCGCUGGAAGAGGUAAACCCCAUGCUGGGCCUCCGCGGCUGCCGAUUGGGCUUGGCCUUCCCGGAAAUCAGCGAGAUGCAAGUCCGUGCCGUGAUUCACGCCGCCCUGGAAGCGAAAGCGCAAGGGUACGACCCUCGGCCAGAGAUCAUGAUCCCCUUGGUCUCUGUGGCCAAAGAAUUGGAGGUGGCGUCCGCAUUAGUUCACGCCACGGCCGGGCAGGUGUUGGAGGAGAAAAAGGCGGUCCUGGAGUAUAAAGUCGGGACCAUGCUGGAGCUCCCCCGCGCCUGUUUGAACGCGAGGAGUCUGGCGCCGAUGAUGGAGUUCGCGAGUUUUGGCACGAACGACCUGACCCAGUCCACUUUUGGAUUUUCCCGGGACGACAUUGGGGGCUUCCUGCCCCGCUAUUUGGAGGAGAAAAUUCUGGAGAAAGAUCCCUUUGCGACCAUCGACGUGGAAGGCGUCGGUCAAUUGAUGCGCGUGGCUGUGGAGGGGGUGCGGGGGGCGGAGGGAGGGGACGCGAAGGCCCUGGGUGUGUGCGGCGAACAAGGGGGAGACCCGAAGAGCGUGCAAUUCUGCGAGGAAUUGGGCCUGAACUCCGUCUCCUGCUCGCCUUUCCGAGUCCCGAUUGCCCGGUUGGCAGCGGCACAGGCUGCGAUUUUACACAAGAAAGCGCACAAAUAA